UUGGCAAUUUCUAUAAAGUCUGAAACUUUCCUCAUUUUUAAACAAAGAAAGUUAGGCUACUUUAAGUUUUCAUUCCAUCACAUCAUGAAUUUCACAAGCAGACCGCCCAUAGUGUUUCUUAUCUGAACGCUGAUUGGCUGCCUGAACUGCCAAUUCAGUUAUGGUCAGUCGAGGGGUUACGUCAAGUUUGUCAUAACAAGGGCAGAGGCACAUAGUUUUUACGUCAAAAUUAGUGCGUUAUGUUUUUAAAACUCAAAACUAAAAGAAGUGUGUUUAUAUUACCGUUUUUAUAUUUAGCCUACAUUACCAUUUGAAUUGGUAUUUACGUUGGAACCGAAACUAUUAAUGGCAAAAACCUCUUCAUUUUGAAUGAUGGUAAGACGUGUUUCAAAGAAGGAUUUAUUUUGAAAUGCUUGACCGGAACUUUCUGGAAAUAAUCUCAGCUAGCUCGACAACAUCCUAGCAUUGGUGUAUUUUGAGGAAGACCAUUGAUGAUGUUGCUGCGAAAUUAGAGUAAAGGGGAAAGUUCUUCACCUGCACUGUCUGGAGGACGACUCCGUAUCAGCCCGGGAGCAGGAUGUUACUUAAAAUACUACUGGGCCUCCUGUGUGGCAUCACAGCUUUGGCCACGCAAAACCACACGGCUCAGGAGGGUCCUCUGCCGCUGCUGCUGGUGUCGUUUGACGGUUUCCGAGCGGAUUACCUGCAGAAGUUCCCCAUGCCAAACCUGAAGCUCCUGUACAGCCAAGGGGUCCUGGUGGAGCAGCUCACCAACGUCUUCAUCACCAAGACUUUUCCCAACCACUACAGCCUGGUGACAGGGCUGUACGCCGAGUCUCACGGUAUCCUGGCCAGUAACAUGUAUGACCCUGUCAGCCACAAGCACUUCCACAUUGGCAAUGACACCGACCCGAUGUGGUGGAGCGAGGCACAGCCCCUCUGGGUCACAGCGCUAGACGCCGGCUACAAGACGGCAGCCAUGAUGUGGCCUGGCUCCGACGUGAUCAUCAACAACCGCACAGCAACACACUUCUUUCCCUACAACCCCUAUGUGACAUUCCAGCAAAGACUAAGGAACGUGACAAACUGGAUGUUGGGAAAUGAAAAGGAGCCUGGAGUGAUGUUUGCAGCUCUCUACUGGGAGGAGCCGGACCGGUCAGGCCACACAUUUGGCCCAGACAAUGUCACUGCCAUGGGCAAAGUGUUAAAAGAGGUUGACGACAACAUUGGCCUGCUUAUGUCGGAGCUGAAGCUACACGGCCUCUGGGGUCGAAUCAACGUCCUGGUAACCAGUGACCACGGCAUGGCUCAGUGCUCGGCUGAGCGCCUCAUACAGCUGGACAACUGCCUCCACCCCAACAACUACACACUGGUGGACCUCACACCUGUCGCAGCCCUCAUCCCACAUACAGAUCCCGAGGAUGUCGUCAACCGGCUGAAUAAGUGCCACGCACACAUGAAAGCGUAUCUGAAGAAGGACAUCCCUGAUAGGCUGCACUACCGGAACAACGAACGCAUCCAGCCAAUCAUACUCAUUGCUGAUGAAGGCUGGACCAUAGUGCAGCAGGGGAGCAAGCUGCCGAGAUUGGGCGAUCACGGCUAUGACAACUCCCUACCCAGCAUGCACCCCUUCCUGGCAGCGGCGGGGCCCAGCUUCCGUCAGGGUUAUCGAAUCAGCAAUUUACAAAGUGUGGACAUUUACCCUCUCAUGUGCCACCUGCUGUCGGUGCCCCCACAGCCCAACAAUGGAACCCUGACACAGGCUCGGUGCCUGCUGGUUAGUGAGACCUGCUGGGACGUUCCCCUGGUGAUAGGCCUGGUAGUGGGCGUCUUACUGGUACUCACUAUAAUCACUGUUCUCUUCAGGUUGCUGAGCUGCCGCCGCCCGUUGGGCCCGCAGCAUUUCCAGAGGCUUCAGGUUGAUGACGAUGACGACGACCCCCUGUUGGAGUAAACCAGUCAGAGCCGGUCGUCAUCCACUGAUCUGUGCCACCUGUUUGUCCUUCGAUAGGUACUUGACAUGCCGUACUUUACCCACUGAGGCCUCUGCCCUAGCUUUCACAGUGGUAUGUGUGUGUUCAUGUGCGUAUACACACAUGCAGUAGUAAGAGCUACUGUAUAAAAAGCCUUCAGACCUACUGACACCUGUAUGAAGUUGUACACUGGUGUAAAAACAGCUGUAGGAAAUAGUGAAUGCUAUAGUUGACACAUACUCUCCAUAAUGUUACUGCUGUAAAAAAAUCAUUUUACAAGAGACUUGAGCAUGUGAUGGGAAACCAGUGGUGUUUUGUUGUGGAAUGUAUUUUUGUUUUGAGGAAAUUUUAAAGCCUUUUUUGGAUCACAUUGAAAUUAAUAAGUUGCUUCCAGGAGAUUCAAAAAAAAGCUUUUGUUCUUUUGUUUGAGCUAAUGAUUAGGGGAUUUGUUUAAUAUUUUUCUGCAGGGACUGUGUUUACAGAAAACUUUAUUUUAUGUGUGUGUGAGUUUUUUUUGUUUGUUUUUGUAUUUGCAUUUGUAGUAUAACUUUUUGUCAGCAGAGGGAGUCGGUAGCUCAAUUAUAUUGUAUCUUGUAUGUUGAGGAAAGCCUAACAGAUUUUUAGUUGGAAUUCUUUUGACUGUCUUCAUUGGUUUAUUUGUUACACUGAUAACUGAGUUUGAAGUCUACUCAGUAAUGCUUUGAUCCUCCUUUCUGUCCAUAUUUGCAUGGUUAAAAAGUGAAAAUGAAAUCUCAGUUGAUACAUUUUUCUAGGGAACAAUUACUAUAAAUGCCACAGUAAGGUGAAAUGAUGUUUUAAAGUGGGAGUUUUCUAUGCAGGUUGUCCAUUAAGUGUAGGUGUCAGUUAUUGUUUCUUUACUUACAGUAUGUAUAUGAAUUAUACCAAAGAUAAUUAUUAGGAUGCGUAACAGAUGCUUAAAAGAGAUACUUGCCAUUUGAAAAAAGGGACUCUUACAAAGGGAUUUGGAUCAUAAAAUUUAAGCAGUAUAAUAGUUUUUAUUGGCAUAAGUAACACACUGUCUCACAUAGAUUUUAAAAAUAGUAGAAAGGUGAAAUUCAGGUAGCGUUGAAUCUUGAAGUAAUUGUUUUCAUAUUUAUCUGAUGCUUGCAGAGAGUGAGCAGCCACAGAUAUAGGUGUCCAGCUCAAGGAUACUUUUACCAGGUCAGAUGGCCGUUUGCAGGGAACUGUAGCUCUGACUGUUGUAGACUGAAAGUCACAUUUACAGUAGUUGACGAUAAGAGUUUAAAGCCUUGUGAUACUCUGUAUUUUUCUUAUUAUUAACAAACCCCAUUAUAAGACCAAAACCAACACUGAAUUGAUCCCAAGUAUUGUCUGUGUAUCCAAAGCCUGACAUAUCUUAUUCCUCUCAAAGCAGCAUUGUUGUCCAAAAACUGUUACGGAAGACAUGCUCCUUUUUAUUACCAUGAACACACACACACACACACUGUAGUUUAUUUUGAUUCAAUUCCACAUACACCAUCCUGCUGCUGAAUACUCACUAGAGCACCAAACAUGGAUUAAUCUGCAGCUGUGAGCAGUCCCCAACAAAUGCACUCCUUUUUGAGCAACGGUUGCUAAAAACUGCAGUGCCCAGCUGUAUGGAAAGUACUUUUUACAAAAUGAAACCGUAUGCUUCACCUGUUAAGAUUCAUGUCUUCAGUAGGAACCAGUACACCCGGGGCUGAAAGCUACAGAGAGAGUAGGGAUGUCAGUAGGCAUUGAAAGAUGGACUAAUGCAUUGUGGGUUUUGGUCUAACAACGGCCCCACUAUAGAAUAUCGCAUGCUUCUCCAACCAUAUACCUAGUGAUAUGUAUACACUGCUCAUGCAUCUAUUCAUGUCUGUGUGUGUGUAAGCGUGACUAUUUCUGCUGCAACAAGAGAAGAGGAAGAAUGCCACGUCCAAUCUCCUAGCGUGUUCUAUUCUUAGUUCUGCGUGUAGCAUUGUUUUAAACAUCAAUAUGUCAAAUGACUUGCGUUGCUUUGAUAUAAUCACCAUAAACAAAUGAGACUCGCUCUUAUUGUCAUUGUUGGUACUUGUCAAAAUUCAAUAUAUUUGCCGUACACACAAUUGCUUCAGGUCAGAGCAGUUAUGUCAGUGAUUUGAUUUGUUUAUUCUGUGCCCUCUUCCUAUUCUGUGGCUGCAGAACGGCGUAAUUGUGUGCCAUUAAGCAAACCCAGUGAAAAAUCUGAUGGAAAAUGCAGUAUAGAGGCUGCCAGUCUCAAAAAGGGUUACGGUUAUCAUAUUUAUCAUUUAUCAGUACUGUUUCCCAGUUUUGAGAAGUGUAAAAAAAAUCCUUUCCGUACCAGAGAUUUCUGUGGUUUCGUGAGAUUUUCAAAUCGAAUAAAAUAUGAAAAUCUGACUUAUUGUGUUGUUAUCAAAGGAAUGUAAAAACCCCUCACAUGGAAAGGAAGAGCGACACACAUUUGGAAAAAUUAAUUUAUAUUCCUUUAUAUUUUUUUUUUCCCAUCGCAGUCACAACAUUACAAUGUAAUAAAAUGGUAAAUAUAUAAAAUCAAACUCAUUACUGACGCAUAUACAUUUCUGUAUCAUGUUCAAAACCAAAUGAACUGUACAUGUAUUCAUUUAUAUCUCUUUUAUAUCAUUUAAAAUCUGUCAUAA